AUGGCUAAUAAAUUAGAACCUCGUUUAGCUCUUCACCCUUCAGUGGUAAAUUGUUUGACACCAUCCCAAAGAACAGAAUUACUAGAACAGUACUGUAGUAAUCUUAACCAGUUAUAUACUGUAUUUCCAAAACUUCAAAAGGCUGAUAUUGAACACACUUAUCAACUCUGUCAAAGAAAUUUAGAGAAUACUAUUACUGAAUUAAUAAAACUACAAAAAGAAAAAGAAGAGGAAAACAAUCAGCAACAAGAGCACAAAGAAGUAGAACAUAAAGAAACUCCUAAUAAAGCAGACAGUAACAAUACUCAUGACGUAGGUGAUGGUAACACAAUAGAACAUCAACUAGCAAAAAAUAAAUUAAUGUCACUAUCACCUCAACCUCGAAAAGAAGAAGAAAGUAUUACUAAAACUGAAAAGGAAGAAGAAAAUAUUAAUAAAACUGAAAAGAAAGAAGAUGAUUUAGAAAAAACAAUUACACAAAGUAAUAUGGAAGAACAAGAAGUUGUUUUAACUAGUUCACAAGAAAACAAGUUAAAUAACGAAAAGGAUGAAACAAGAAAAUCAGAAACAGAAAGUAGUAAUAAAACAGAAAGUAGUAAUAAAACAGAAACAGAAAAUAAUAAUGAAACAGAAACAGAAAAUAAUAAUGAAACAGAACAAAAGGAAGUCAAAGAAUUGAUCAGAAAAGAAUUAAAAUAUGAAAUUCAAAUAAAUAUCAAUGGAAAUAAUUGUAUUAUUACUGCAAAUUUCGAUAGAAGUGAACGAUUCAAAAAUAAUUUCUUACAAGUUGUUGAUAGAUACAAUGAGAAUUUAGUUAAAGACAAAAGGGAAAUAGGAAAAAGUAUUUCUUUUGUAUGGAAAUUAAAUCUUGAAUAUGGAGAGUAUGACCUACAAUAUUUUGAUUCAGAUCAAUUAGCCUCAAUUACGUUGAACCAAAUUGAUGUAAAUCCAGUUAAAAUGAUUGUUUCUAAACAAAAUGAAGAACUUAUUGUUUAUUUAUCACAAGGACCAAUUGAUCAAGUUAGUUGGGUUGGAUUAUAUACUGUUGAUGGUCCUCUUGGAAGAAAAUACAUACACUACAAAGACACUAAAGGAAUGAAUGAUAAUACAAUUCAUAUUCCUUUAGAACCAAAUGAUAAAGGUCUUUUUGUUUGUAGAGCAUUUUCUAAUAAUAAUUCUGCUGGUAGAUUUCUCUCUCCUCAAUACUUCACUCUUGGAGACUCAAACCAAAUUGAAGUGGAGUAA